AUGGAACACGCUUCCAUUUCCCCUAGUCCGCAUCAAGCUAACGCCCAUGUUCUACUGGUGCCAUUACCUAUUCAAGGACAUGUUGCACCAUUUAUGAAACUAGGACAUCAGCUUGCUAGACAUGGAAGCAAGGUCACAUUCUUGACUACAGAGUUCAUACGUGCGCAAAUACAGAUGGCUGGCGAGGAGCAGGAAGACAUUACGAUUAUAUCUGUUCCGGAUGGAUCAGCUCUAGAAGAUAACCACAAAGAUGAUUAUCAGCUAGUUCAGAGCUUUUUACACGUCCUGCCUGGCCACUUGGAGAACUUAAUUAGGAAGGCCAACGAAGCUGAGCCUGAUAGCAAGAUUACCUGUCUCAUCGUUGAUUUGGUUUUCACUCGGGCUCCUCUGGAGAUUGCAGAGAAGAUGGGCCUGAAACAUGCCAUCUUUUUCCCUUCAGCACCAGGAGCACUGGCAAUGAUGCUUCACAUUCCAAAGCUUAUUGAGGCUGGCAUUAUAGAUGCUGAUGAUGGUACUGCGAAAAAGAAUGAGCUGAAGAUACAACUGUCACCAAAUUUACCAGCCCUAGAUGGUGCUGAUUUUAUUUGGAACGUCCGACCAGGAAACAAGUCCAACUUCAACCAAAAGGCUACAUUUCAGUACCUACUUCUUGUCAACCAAAUUUUGAAGGUUCCCAACUGGGUUUUAUGUAACUGGUUCCACGAGCUUGACCCUUCAGCUAACGCUUUACUUCCGAACAUAAUAAAGGUUGGUCCAUUACUUGCCAAUGGGAAAUCUAUUGGAAACUUUUGGUCAGAGGACUUGUCUUGCUUACCCUGGCUUGACAGACAGUCUCCUGGAUCGGUCAUAUAUAUUGCCUUUGGCAGCUCGUCAAGGUUCAGCCAACAACAAUUUCAUGAACUAGCAUUUGGCCUUGAACUCAUCGGUAAGUCAUUUCUAUGGGUUGUUCGUUCAGACUUCAUCAAUGGAAGUUCCAAUGAAUAUCCCGAUGGUUUCCUUGAUAGAGUAACUAAUCUUGGAAAGAUAGUUAAGUGGGCACCACAAGAAAAGGUGUUGGCUCACCCUUCAAUUGCCUGUUACAUGACUCAUUGUGGUUGGAACUCAACUAUGGAGAGCAUAAGCAUGGGGAUUCCCAUGCUAUGUUGGCCGUACUUUGGAGAUCAGUUUUUGAAUAAGAGUUGCGUAUGUUAUAGUUGGAAGGUUGGCUUGGAAAUAAACCCUGAUGAAAAUGGGCUGAUUUCAAGGUAUGAAAUCAAGAGAAAGGCGGAUGAAUUGCUGUGUGAUGAAGGUAUAAAAGCAAAUGCACUCAAGUUGAAGGAACUGGCUCAAAACAAUGCCAGUGAAGGAGGAUCUUCUAAAAAUUUCAGAGACUUUGUUGCGCAACUGAUGCUUUGA